GUGUGACCUCUCGCCGAGUCUAGUCUCUUUUCCGUCCUCGGUGGAACAAGUCGUUGUAGUCAGUUUCAUACAUCCAUUAAAUUUUGGUUUUAGUUCCUUUAGAGGUGAGCUAUGCCUGUCCAACAGUCCUGCCUCCCACAGGCCGAAGAUGUGGUCAUCUCCGGUAUGUCCGGACGGUUUCCGGAGUGCUCUGAUAUGGAAGAAUUCAAAGAGGGCCUUUUCGCCGGGGUGGAUCUUGUAACUGAAGAUGACCGAAGGUGGCCUUUAGGAAUCCACGGUAUCCCGACUAGAAACGGGAAGCUGAAGAAUAUCAAUGCGUUCGACGCAACCUUUUUCGGCGUCCACGCUAAGCAGGCUGACGCGAUGGACCCAAAUUUAAGGAUUCUCCUCGAGGUCACUCACGAAGCCGUGAUGGACGCAGGUAUAAACCCACAAACUUUGAGAGGUUCUAGGACGGGUGUCUACGUAGGACAGGCUUUCAGCGAGUCCCAGGGGUAUGUUACAUCCGACGUGGAAUCUUUGACCGGAUACGGCUUGCUAGGUACCUCCAGGGCACAGGUCGCGAAUCGGAUAUCUUUCGCUUUCGACUUUAGAGGUCCGAGUUACAGUAUGGACACUGCAUGUUCCAGUGCUCUUUUUGCCUACCAUCAUGCGGUCGAGGCCAUAAAAAAGGGCGACAUCGACUAUGCCGUUGUGGCAGGGGUUAAUCUCCUGCUCAAGCCUGAAACCUCUCUUCAGUUUCACAGACUCAGCAUGCUCAGCGCUACCGGUACAUGCCGGUCGUUCGACUCCUCGGGCAGUGGAUAUGUCAGGAGCGAAGCUAUUUGUGUAGCGUUCUUGCAAAGGGCGGCAACUGCAAAAAGAGUAUACGCAACGACUGUUAACAUAAAGACAAACUCCGAUGGCUACAAAGAACUAGGGAUAACAUUCCCAUCUGGAGAAAUGCAAAAAGCUCUAAUUAAAGACGUUUUCAGAGAAACAUCAGUUUCUCCCAAUGAAAUAUCUUAUGUAGAAGCACACGGCACUGGGACUAAGGCAGGAGAUCCGCAGGAGAUGAACACAAUAGCAGAUGUCUUCUGUGAGGAUAGGGAAAGAGCAUUGCUCAUCGGUUCCGUUAAGUCGAACGUGGGUCACUCGGAAGCAGCGGCAGCACUCUGUUCGUUGGCCAAAGUGGUUAUCGCCAUGGAAGAAGGGGUCAUUCCGCAGAACUUACACUACAAAGAGCCCAACCCCGACAUCCCGGGAUUAUUGGACGGUAGGAUGCAAGUCGUCGACCUCAACUGGCCAUGGGAGGGAGGCUACGUGGCCCUCAACUCGUUCGGAUUCGGCGGUGCCAAUGCUCAUCUCGUUCUAAAAUCCAACAAAAAACCGAAACGGCAAGUUACGCAGGGUCUGCAGAAAAUUGUAGCAGUUUCAGGAAGAACCGAAGAAUCAGUGCGACAUUUUCUUGCAAAGGUCGAAAAGAACAAAAAUGAUGAUGAAUUGUUAGCACUAUUACAUGAUAUACAUAAAACAAACAUCACAGGACAUCAUUAUAGAGGGUUUCAACUAUUAGGAACUAAUAUUCAAGAAAUUGAGGAAACUACGAAAGAUCGAGAAGUAUGGUACGUAUUCUCCGGAAUGGGGAGCCAAUGGGCUGGUAUGGGAAAAAGACUGAUGGCAGUGGAACAGUUUUCAAAAACAAUGCAUGAAUGUGCGAACGUUCUGUCCAAGGAAGGAUUAGAUCUUUUGUCGUUAAUAAACAGUGGUGAUGACAAAACAUUUGAAAAUGUCGUCAACUCUUUUGUCUGCAUUGCCGCAAUACAGGUUGCUCUGGUGGAUCUGCUUGAUUCUAUGGGAGUGCGUCCUGAUGGAAUUUUGGGCCAUUCCGUUGGUGAACUUGGCUGCGCUUACGCCGAUGGGACUUUCACUGCUGAGCAGACCGUCCUUGCGGCCCAUGCUCGUGGAAAAUGCAUAUUAGAAACUCAAAAAUCUCCCAAUUUCGAAGCUGGAGCCAUGGCUGCAAUCGGGUUGACAUGGGAAGAGACAAAAAAGAGACUGCCUGAUGGUCUAGUCGCAGCAUGUCACAACUCACACGAUUCCGUUACGAUAUCAGGCCCUGAGUGUUCCGUUAAAGAUUUUGUAGCAGAGCUAACUAAAGAAGGAGUUUUUGCCAGAAAAGUCAACAGCUCUGGAUUCGCUUUUCAUUCAAAGUACAUAGCCGUCGCCGGGCCCAGACUUCAAGAGAGCCUGGAAAAGAUUGUUCCCGUACCUAAGCCGAGGUCGAAACGUUGGAUAAGCACUUCAAUCCCUGAGGAUAGAUGGUCCUCUGAACUUGCAAAUGAUUCAUCCGCCACGUAUCACGUCAACAAUCUCCUCUCGCCGGUUCUGUUCCACGAGGGUCUAUCGAAAGUGCCGGAAGAUUCGAUUAUCGUCGAGCUGGCUCCGCACAGUUUGUUGCAAGCAGUGCUUAAACGUUCAAAGCCGAAGUGUACAGUGCUAGGAUUGACAAAACGAGGCAGCCCCGAUGAUGUCAAUUACUUAUUGAAUCAGCUCGGAAAGCUCUACAAUACAGGAGUCGCGUUGAAUUUUGCGUCUCUCUAUCCUAAAAUCGUCUUCCCUGUUGGAAGAGGCACCGCGAUGAUUUCUCCGAUGGUUAAGUGGGACCACUCCGUGGAAUGGGACUCCUUCCUUUCGGGAAAAAUGACGACCAACUCGGGGGAAAGUGUGGUCGAGGUAGAUCUGUCGAAGGAAGCACACGGCUUCUUGACUGGGCAUGUUAUCGAUGGAAGAUUAAUUUUACCUGGAACGGGAUACCUGUCAAUUGUAUGGAAAACGUUUGCUAAACUGCAAGGGAAAAAACUAGAAGAAACUGCAGUUGCUUUUGAAAACGUAUCUAUAAAAAGGGCGACGAUUAUGCCCAAAGAAGGGUCUGUUAAAUUAUCUGUGAGCAUAUUGAACGGAUCCGGCGAUUUUCAAAUAACGGAGAGCGAAUCCGUCGUGAUGACCGGACGGAUUUCCAGCUGGACAGAUUCGGAUGAAAACCAUGAAAAUCUCCCGAUGGGAAAACAGAAACUGUCGAGCGAAGAAUUCUAUAAAGACCUCUACCUGAGAGGUUAUGACUACCAGGAUGAAUUUCGAAUUGUCAAAAGCACCGACGGUUACGGCAUCAGUGGUAUUUUGGAAUGGAGAGAGAAUUGGAUCACCUUUAUGGAUGCUAUGUUACAAUUUUCAAUAUCUCAUAGAAACACUAGAGAACUUUACCUGCCAACUAGAUUCCAAAGAGUAACGAUCGAUCCAAAAAAGCACAUCGAAGCGGCUAAAUUGACAAAAGACUUUGAAGUAUAUUUCAACAAAGAUUUAUCAUUGAUCAAAAGUGGAGGUAUUGAAAUCAAAAAUUUAACGACGAGUAUCGCCAGGAAGAAGCCUCUUCAACAGGCACAGCCCAAACUUGAAAAAUAUUCUUUUGUCCCGUACCUCAAGAACGUGGCGAUGACGAAGGAAAACGCUUUAUCUUCCGCACUUCAAAUUGUCGGCGAGAACUCUGCAGGCGCUCUAAAGCUCAAGAUUCUAGAGCUUGCGACAUCGCCGGAACUUUUAAGUCCUGAAAUCGUCGAAAUUGUGUCAUCAGAGCCACAACUCAGUUGCGAAGUCACAGUCGCAUCGUUAAACCCUGAAAUUCUGGGUCUUAAACCCAACGGUAUAAAGGUAGUUAAAAAAGAUCCAGCUGCAGCUGUAGACGAAAACCUCCAUCUUGUCAUCGCCUCUAGCGUUGAUUCCGUGCUUUUGUCAUCAGUCGAAAAAAACCUUAAAACUGGAGGAUUUCUUUUGGUGGAAGGAAACUCUUCUUCACUAAUAAAAUGUACCUUGGAGACGAUAGCGAAAUUCGAUUGCGAUGGCAGAUUUAUUCUCUUGUUGAGAAAGGUUCCUGUUUGGAGUGACCCCAGGGUAGUCCAUGUGACUCAAAAAAACUUCAAUUGGGUUGAAAGUGUCAAAAUGGCUUUGAAAGACAGCGAAAUGUCCGGAAGGAAAGUGCUUUUGGUCAGCCAGAGGGAACCGCACUGCGGUAUCAUUGGUAUGGUCAACUGUCUAAGGCAGGAGCCAGGUGGUGCAAAUAUCCGAUCGCUCUUCAUACCUGACUCUGAAUCUCAAGAGUUUUCUUUGAAAAAUCAAGAUUACCUGAACCAACUCGGAAAGGACCUUUUUGUCAAUGUGUUAAAAGGAGGAAUUUGGGGAAGCAUGAGGCAUUUAAAAUUCAACCGGAACAAGGAUGAAGUCAGAGUCGAACACGCGUAUGUCAAUACGAUAGUUAGAGGUGACCUGUCAAGUCUGAGUUGGAUCCAGGGACCUCUGACAUACCAGGAGACGCCAAAAGAACUUUGCACGGUAUACUAUGCUCCUCUGAAUUUCCGAGACAUUAUGCUGGCCACAGGCAAACUACCUCCAGAUGCUCUCCCAGGAGAGUUGGCUAGUCAAGAAUGUAUUCUGGGAAUGGAGUUCUCAGGACGGGACGGCACUGGAAAAAGGGUGAUGGGAAUAGUUGAGGCUUGUGGACUUGCAACAAGUUUAAUUGCUGACAAAGGUUUCCUCUGGGAUGUACCAGAUUCUUGGACUUUGGAAGAGGCAUCAACAGUACCGAUUGUCUAUGCCACUGCAUAUUAUGCUCUUGUGGUCCGAGGGGGCUUAAGACAAGGAGAGAGCCUCCUGAUCCAUGCUGGCUCUGGUGGAGUCGGUCAAGCCGCCAUUUCGAUAGCUUUGCACAUGAACUGUGAUAUCUUCGUAACAGUCGGGACAGCCCAAAAAAAGCAGUUCCUCCUCGAUAGAUUUCCAAAGUUGAAGAGUAAAAAUAUUGGCAACUCGAGAGACACCAGUUUCGAGAAGUUAGUCCUUGAAGGGACAAAGGGCUCAGGUGUUAACCUAGUGUUGAAUUCAUUAGCUGGAGAACAACUGCAAGCUUCAAUCAGAUGUCUUUCAAAGCAUGGGCGAUUUUUAGAAAUUGGAAAAUUCGAUUUAUCAGAAAACACACCUCUAGGUAUGGCGGUAUUUUUGAAAAACACGACCGUCCAUGGAAUUCUUCUUGAUUCAUUGUUCACUGCAACGGGUAAUUGGGAGAAGGAAGAAGUUAUGCGGUUGAUGAAGGAAGGCAUCGCAGUUGGAGUUGUCAAACCCCUACCCUGCACAACUUUUAAUCAUGAUCAACUAGAACAAUCUUUUAGGUACAUGGCGACUGGCAAACACAUAGGAAAGGUGGUUAUAAAAAUCAGAGAAGAAGAGUCAAACAAAUUAACAUUACCCAAAUUAAUGCUGAUUAAUGCAAUGGGUAAAACGUAUAUGCAUCCAAGAAAAUCAUACAUCCUUGUUGGUGGAUUGGGGGGUCUUGGACUGGAAUUGGCCAAUUGGUUCAUCGAAAAAGGAGCUAAGAAGCUCGUGCUCGUUUCAAGAUCUGGUGUCAUCAAUGGCUACCAGUGGCUCUGUAUCAGAAGAUGGAAGGAAAAUGGCAUCUGUGUAGUUGUUCUUACACUAGAUUGCACAACCCUUCCAGGAGCAAAAUUGUUAUUAGCCGAAGCAAAUAAACUCGGCCCCAUUGGAGGAAUUUUCAAUCUAGCUGCUGUGUUAAAAGAUGCCUAUAUGACAAAUUUAACAGAAGAUGAUUUUAAAGCUGUCUGUGCAGCAAAAGUAGAUGCAACGGAAUCACUCGAUGUUGCGAGUAGGGAUUGCACUCAACUGGAUCACUUUGUAGUAUUUUCUUCGGUUUCUUGCGGCAGGGGAAAUGCAGGGCAAACAAAUUACGGCAUGGCUAACUCAGCCAUGGAAAGGAUCUGCGAAAACCGAAAAGCUAAAGGCUUGCCAGGGUUGGCUAUUCAGUGGGGAGCAGUAGGUGACGUGGGACUUGUAGUGAAGAACUUGAAAGGCAACAAUGAAACAGUGGUCGGAGGCACAUUACCCCAAAGGAUUUCAUCCUGUUUCAAUGCACUAGAUUAUUUUCUAAGGCAACCCCAUCCAGUCGUAGCAUCAAUGGUGCUUGCUGAAAAAGGCAAGACGUCUGCAGCCACUCAGGCUAGCCUGGUGGAUGUAAUCGCCAACAUCCUAGGCAUGAAAGACACCAAAUCUGCAGGCACUUCCACUCUGGCUGAUCUCGGGAUGGACUCCCUGAUGGGCGCAGAGAUAAAGCAGACCCUUGAGAGGAACUUUGAUUUGAUGAUGAGUGCCCAAGAAAUACGAUCCUUGACGUUCCCCCGGCUGCAUGAGCUGUCGUCAGAUGAUGUAAACGUACUUGAAAACAAUCACAGCACCAAUGAAGUAAAUGGGAAGACUUUACAAUUGAUGCCAAAUGAACCAAUUAUACAAAUGAAAAACUCUUCUAAGAAUAAUACAAAAAAAUUAUUUUUUAUACAUCCAAUCGAAGGAAAUGUCACAAUGUUAGAGGAAAUCGCAAAAUAUGUAGAUGCAAAUAUCUAUGGCCUGCAAUGCACAAAAGACACACCUCUUGAUACUCUAAGCCAACUUGCUUCCUUUUAUCUCCAAAAAAUUCAAAUGUACCAACGACAAGGUCCUUACCUCUUAGUCGGGUACUCAUUUGGUGCCGGUGUUGCUUUUGAAAUGGCUCUGCAGCUUGAAAAAGAGAAUCAGACUGUUAACUUAGUAUUAAUCGAUGGAUCUCCUGACUUCACCAGAAAUCAUAUCCAUGUAUAUAAAAAGACAAAAGAUCUUGAUAAGGACUUUGAUGCUUUCAAACUGGCCUACAUAUCUAUGUUGUUUGCUGGAACAGAUUUCACCAAGGUGCAGAAAGAAUUAUUCAACAUGCCUAACUGGGAGGAACGUGUUCAAUUUUGCUCUAGUAUGAUGCAUUCUACCAAAGCAGAAGUUACAGAUGCUGCAGACUCGUUCAGCAAAAAGCUGUCUGCUAGCUUUGAAUAUAAGCCAAAGAUAAAAUUCACAGGCUCUAUUGAAUUGCUUAAAGCCUCGGAAAGCUUCGUCAAUCUAGGAGAUGAUUACAAUUUAUCUGAACAUUGUAAAAACAAAGUCAAUGUUACAGAGGUGAAAGGCUCACACCAGUCAAUAUUACGCGGAGACUCAGCUCAAAUUAUUGCAAAUGUUAUCAAUAACAAUGUAAAGUUGAAGUUGUGAUUAUUGUAACUAAUUAUAGAAUAUAUACGUGUGAUAUUGUAGAUUUUAGACUACUUUGUGAUGAUUAAAAAAAUUAUUUUACUUAAAAA